GAAAGCACAUUUCCUUUGCUCCGCACAAGGUGCUUUCAUGGCUUCCAAAACACAAGCUUUGAUCCUUCUCCUUUUGGCCCUCUUGCUCCUAACUCACUCGACCUUCUCCCAUGGCUGCCCAAUUGUCACCUACUGGGGACAGAAUAAGAAUGAAACGGAGUUAAACACUACAUGUGCCACCAGCAAGUACGAGAUCGUAAACAUAGCAUUCAUGAACACAUUCGGCAGUGGACGAACUCCAAAAAUAGACCUCUCAGGACAUUGUGAUUGGUCCACGGGUGUCGCUAAUUGCACUGGAUAUUACUCCCAAAUAGCCUAUUGCCAAAGCCUAGGCGUCAAAAUCUUCCUUUCUCUCGGAGGAGCCUCUGGGCAAUAUAGCCUUUCUUCAGCUGAAGACGCCAAGGAGUUUGCAGGCCACCUUUGGACCUACUACCUCAGUGGCCAAAGUUCAGGUCUGCUUGGUCUGGUCGCCUUAGAUGGCAUCGAUUUUGACAUCGAACAAGCCGGCGGAAACUUGUAUUGGGAUGAUCUUGCGAAAGAGCUUCACGCUUACAGCCAACUAAAGAAGUUUUACUUGUCAGCAGCACCACAAUGCCCUAUCCCAGAUGACUCCUUAAACACGGCCAUUGAAACUCAGGUAUUCGACUACAUCUGGGUCCAGUUCUACAACAACCCUCCCUGCGAAUACACCGAUGAUGGAGAUACUCAGAAACUUAUAAAUUCAUGGGACCAAUGGACCACCGACUUCACCGCCACCAAGUUCUAUGUCGGCCUCCCGGCUUCUCCUGCUGCAAAUGGUAGUGCUGGUGGUUAUGUCCCAAUUGAUGUGCUCAACAAUGAGAUUCUUCCGGUAGCAGAAACCAAUCCCAAGUUUGGUGGGGUAAUGUUAUGGAGCAGGUACUAUGAUUAUCAAUCUGGGUACAGCGAUCAGAUCGUAUGUACUACCCCCGGAGCUUUUAAUGUUGUAGGUGCGCCGUUGGUCGCCAUGAUGAAAUCUGCCUCGGAGGUUCUGUAUCGCCUUUUAUCGCAGUUCUAGCGUGACUGCAACCUCUAUACUACAUCUCAUGUGUGGAAUAAGUUAUAGGGGGCUAGUGCCUUGCAUCUUUAAGUGAUAACUGCCUGAUUCUAGUCAAGCUGUCAUCAUUAAUGAAUAAAAGCUUUCAUUGAGUACA